AUGUCUGGACUCUUUGGAGCGGCGACGAGCACCGCAGCGACCAAUACCGUCGGCGACCUCAAGUCGGACGUCGCUCUCAGCGAUCCUCCUACCGAUUCCAUCUCCGACCUUUCCUUUUCACCAGCUCCCAAUGGCCCGGAUUUCCUGGCCGUAGCCAGCUGGGACAACAAGGUCCGAAUCUACGAAAUUGCCCAGAAUGGCCAGAGUCAAGGUCGACACGCGUACGAGCACUCACAGCCUGUGUUUAGCUGCGACUUUUCCAAGGACGGCACAAAAGUAGCCUCAGCCGGUGCCGAUAAAAACAUCAAAGUUUGCGAUCUUGCCUCCCAGCAAGACAUCAUCAUCGGAACCCACGAGCAACCAGCACGGGCGUGUCGAUUCUUCGAGAGCAGUGGUUCACCCAUGAUAGUAUCUGGGUCGUGGGACAAGACAAUCAAAUACUGGGACUUGAGGCAACAGGGCCAAGCGGCGGCUACUGUAUCGUGCCAGGAGCGCGUAUACACCAUGGACGUGAGGGACAACCUGUGUGUUGUAGGAACCGCAGACAGAUACAUCAACGUAAUUGAUCUGCGGAACCCUUCCAAGUUCUACAAGACGCUCCAGAGCCCGUUGAAGUGGCAGACACGAGUCGUCAGCUGCUUCACCGACUCUGCAGGCUUCGCUAUUGGUAGCGUCGAGGGCCGUUGCGCUAUUCAGUACGUGGAGGACAAGGACUCAAGUUCCAACUUUUCUUUCAAAUGCCACCGUGAUACCGCCGUCAACAACGUCGUCAAUGUCCACGCCGUCAACGACAUUUCCUUCCACCCCGUUCACGGCACCUUCAGCACAUCUGGUUCGGAUGGCACAUUCCACUUCUGGGACAAGGAUGCGAAGCACCGUCUUAAGGGAUACCCCAACGUUGGAGGCAGCAUUACAGCGACGAAGUUUAACAAGAAUGGUAGCAUCUUUGCUUACGCCGUUAGUUACGACUGGAGCAAGGGGUACCAGCAGAACACGCAGAGUUAUCCUAUCAAGGUGAUGCUGCACCCUGUGACGAAUGACGAGUGCAAGCCGCGACCUUCGAUGAAGAAGAGGUAG